AUGCUUGCAGACACCAGGCUGUUUGCUUUAUUUCUGGCAAUCGUACACUAUGUCAUAGCGCAAGCAGAUGUAAACAAUCUGCCCGCUUCUUGGGAGAAUGUGGAGUACCUUAGGAACGUAGAUGUCAGCAGAACUUAUUUGCAGGAAAAAGUACAUCUCCAAAUCAAGAACGUUGACAACAAAGCGAAUGACCAGUAUUACUACGUCUUGCCGGAAGAAGACUUUGACACUGUUGCGCUAUUCUCUGCGAAGCUGAAAAAAGCAGACGCUUUUCUGAGUAGCGCCAUACUUUCCGAACAAACGUUUGUAGCGAACGGAAAGGCCAUCAAGGUGGGCGUCGUGAGACUUCCUUCGCCAAUUGAGCCCGGCAAGGCCACCGACAUUGUGAUCGAGUUGGUAUACAAGGGUAGUGUUGAACCAUUCCCUGGGCAUGUGAGCCUUGGAGAAACUCAACGCUUACUUUUGAACACCCGCAAAUAUCCCAUUUCAGCCUAUAAAACCGAAAGUUAUACUCUCAAGUUUGUUGGAAGCUCAUCCUUUACAGAAAUUCAAAGAGCUGAUAGUGAGGUGGCAAGCUGUGUAAACGAAGGCGGUGAAUUAACCUGCGGAACGUACAGCUCUUUGGAAGCCUUUACUGAAGAGACUCCAAUCCGCAUUCUUUUCGAUCACAAUCUACCACUUCCAAGGGUAUCAACACUUAAUCGUGAUAUCUGGGCGUCUCAUUGGGCCUCCACCCUUCAGUUCGAAGAAUAUUACGAGCUAAUCAAUGACGCUGCACCACUCGCGGAAGGUUUUUCUAGAGCGGACUACAUGAAAGGUCAGUAUGCUUUCAAACCAAGCGGGCACUUGACGGCACUCGAAAUGGUGUUGCCCUCUCGCUCCGAGGAUCACUACUUUACUGACUUGGUCGGCGCUGUAUCCACGUUCAAGUUUUUGCAGGAUCACCUUUUUCUCAAGCCAAGAUAUCCUAUUUUCGGGGGUUGGAAGUACAACUUCACGAUUGGGUGGACCAAUACCCUUUCACAAUUUUUGCGCGUCGAAAAUGGAAAUGAUAACACCUUUUUGCUGUCCGUUCCGGUUUUGAAUGGACCCGACAACACCUUUUAUGAUGACGUGAACUUCUCAGUUUACUUGCCUGAAGGCGCCGAAAUUCUGGACGUUUGGUGUCCCCUGCCAACAUUUUCUACCAAGGUCUCCACAAAGCACUCCUUUUUCGAUUUGAGUCAAGGACAUACGAAAGUCACGCUAGAGCUGAAAAACUUGGUGGAUACCGUUUCCGAAAGCCAGGUUUUCGUAAGAUACAAAUUUUCGAAAGCCGCGCUUUAUAAAAAACCCUUUACAAUUGCGACAGCUAUCUUUGUUGCUUCCAUGGCCUACUUUUUUUUGAAGCAGACCACUUUCAUGAUAGAGCAAUGA